AUUGGACGGCUGAGUCCGGCUACACGCGCCUCCACGGGUGCGCGGCCGGGCCAAUCAGAAGGUUGGCGUAUUUUACAAACUGGGGAAGUAGCUGCAGCCAGCAGUAGCUGAGAGUCAGGCGAAAAGCGGAGAAGGCUGGGUCGGCUCCGAGGGGCUCUUGAGAAGCCAUCAUGACCACCCUCCAAGCCACGAAGGAUCCCCUCCUCCGGGGUGUAUCUCCUACCCCUAGCAAGAUUCCGGUACGCUCUCAGAGACGCACGCCUUUACCCACUGUUACAUCGUGCGCCCUGGACCAGGAGAACCAAGAUCCAAGGAGAUGGGUGCAGAAACCACCGCUCAAUAUUCAACACCACCACGUUGAUUCAGCAGGCCCCAGGCCGAAAGCCAGGCACCAAGCAGAGACAUCACAAAGAUUGGUGGGGACCACUCAGCAUCGAAACCCCUUGGAGGAGCUCAGGCCUAGCCCUGGAGGUCAAAAUGUGGGGCCUGAGCCCCCUGCCCAGACAGAGGCUCCAGGGGCCAUAGAGUUUGUGGCUGAUCCCGCAGCCCUGGCCACCAUCCUGUCAGGUGAGGGUGUGAAGAGCUGUCACCUGGGGCGCCAGCCUAGUCUGGCUAAGAGAGUACUGAUUCGAGGAAAUCAGGGACGCACCACCCAGAGGGGCCAGGGUGUUCGGGCCUCUGCAUAUUUGGCCCCCAGAACGCCCACCCACCGACUGGACCCUGCCAGGGCUUCCUGCUUCUCAAGGCUGGAGGGACCAGGACCUCGAGGCCAGACUUUGUGCCCCCAGAGGCUACAGGCUCUGAUUUCACCUUCAGGACCUUCCUUUCACCCUUCCACUCGCCCCAGUUUCCAGGAGCUAAGAAGGGAGGCAGCUGGCAGCAGCCGGACUUCCGUGAGCCAGGCCUCAGGAUUGCUCCUGGAGACCCCAGUCCAGCCUGCUUUCUCUCUUCCUAAAGGAGAACAUGAGGUUGUCACUCACUCAGAUGAAGGAAGUGUGUCCUCCCUUGGUCUGGCCCAGCGAGUACCAUUAAGAAAAAAACAAGAAAUGACACAUGGCAAGGUAAGACAUGACUCUCCUGGGCUGAGGGAUGGGAGGUGUGGGAGGUGCCUGGGAGAAUUUCGCAACAGCAGCCGACAUGUGUGGGGUCUGAGGUGGAAGCUCACAGACUGGUACGAGCAGGUUGCAGUCCGGUUAUUUGAACAGGAAAGUUCUAUAAGAUCGCUAGAGGGGUCAGGGAAACCACCUGUGGCCACUCCUUCUGGAUCCUACUCUAACAGAACCCCCAGCCUCCAGGAGGUGAAGAUGCAGCGCAUUGGGAUCCUGCAGCAGCUGUUGAGACAGGAGGUGGAGGGACUGGUAGGAGCCCAGUGUGUCCCCCUUAAUGGAGUCUCCUCUCUGGAUAUGGUUAAUCUUCAGCCCCUGCUGACUGAGAUUUCCAGAACUCUGAAUGCCACAGAGCAUAACUCUGGGACUUCCCACCUUCCUUGUCUGUUACAACACUCAGGGCUGCUAGAGCCCUGCCUUCCAGAGGACUGCAGGGAACCACAGCCCUGCCCUCCAGCAGAGCCUGGGCCCCCAGAGGCCUGCUGUAGGAGUGAGCCUGAGAAACCAGGGCCCUCCCUGCAGGCACAGCUUGAGGUACCAGAGUCCUGCCCUCCAGCAAAGCCCAGGCCCCCAGAGGCCACCUGUAGGAGUGAGUCUGAGACAUCAGAGCCCUUCUCCCAGGAACAGCUUGAAGUACCAGAGCCCUGCCCUCCAGCAGAGCCCGGGCCUCCAGGGUCCUGCUGUAGGAGUGAGCCUGAGAUAGCAGAGCCCUCCCCACAGGAACAGCUUGAGGUACCAGAGCCCUGCCCUCCAGCAGAGCCCGGGCCCCUUCAGCCCAGCACCCAGGGGCAGGCUGGACCCCCAGGGCCCUGCCCUAGGGUACAGCUGGGGGCAUCAAAGCCCUGCAGCCUAGAACAUAGAAGUCCAGAGUCCAGCCUACCACCCUGCUGCAGUCAGUGGGCUCCAGCAACCACCAGCCUGAUCUUCUCUUCCCAACACCCACUUUGUGCCAGCCCCCCUAUCUGCUCACUCCAGUCUCUGAGGCCUCCAGCAGGCCAGGCAGGCCCCAGCAGCCUGGCCCCUCGAACCCUAGCCCUGAGGCAGCGCCUCAAAGCAUGUUUAACCGCCAUCCACUGCUUCCACGAGGCUCGUCUGGAUGAUGAGUGUGCCUUUUACACCAGCCGAGCCCCUCCCUCAGGCCCCACCCGGGUCUGCACCAACCCUGUGGCUACAUUACUCGAAUGGCAGGAAGCCCUGUGUUUCAUUCCAGUUGGUUCUGCUGCCCCCGAGGGCUCCCCAUCAUGAGGCACCCACUCCUGCGCUGCCGUGCGUCUUCCUUUUAGCCCUUAUUUAUUGUCGGUCUGCCCAUGGGACUGGGAGCCGACCACUUUGUCCUCAAUAAAGUUUCUCAAGUAUC